AUGAAGGUUGUCUAUUUGGCAACCUUUGCGCUGGAUAAGGGGCAGAGCUUGAUGGGAUUGCUGCGAGGGAACUACUUGCCCUGGAGAAAAGUUGAGGUGGGUACUUUCGACAUCAUAAAAUCAACAAUACUGACUGAAAGAAAGGGCGACUACGUUCAUGCCAAUGACGCAGAUGACACUGUCUCGCAGGACUUGAACCCCGAGCAGCAAGAGAAUUGGGGUGGCCUGCCACAGCACAUCUUUCGUGGCACGAUAUCACCUGCUCCUAAUCAGCUACGAGCAGGACCAAGCCUUGCCGCUUUUUUUUUCAAGAGCAAGCUGGGAGGGGCGGGCACUGCCCACCGCCUAUCGAGCUCACACUCGCUGUUCUUGUGUAUGUCUGAUCGGCUGGUUGGUGUUUUGAAAGAGACAGUAAAGAUGUAA